GAAAAACAAAACAAUUAGAGGGGGCAACGAGUAAAAAAGGAAAGGAAGAACUCCCUUCUCUCCUCUUCGAUCCCGACGAACGCCGAGGGCCGCGGCGAUGGAAUACUCAGGCGGCGGUGCGACGCUGUCGGAGAUGUACCAGAGCGCGCGGCGGCUGCUACUCUCGGCGCGGGAUGGCGUGGGCCGCGUCGAGCGCCUUGCCUCGGCACCCACUUCGUCCUCCUACUCCUCGGCGCCGCUCGUCGGUGGUGCGUCGGGGGACCCCGCGGUUGCUGAGGAGGUGCGGCGAGAGGUGGCGCAGAUCCAGGGGCUGUGCGCGCAGAUGGACCGACUCUGGCGAUCCAUCCCCGCCAAAGGCCAACGGGACCUCUGGAAGAGAAAAGUGGAGCAGCUCUCUGAAGAGGUAGAUUCAUUGAAGGAAACCCUUGACAGGCAUUCUCUGCGACAGAAAAAACGGAUUCUGGAAGCAAAAGAAAGAGCUGAGCUAUUUGAAAGAGCUAACGGUGAAUCUUCACACGUCCUCCGAAUAUUCGACGACGAAGCCCAAGCAAAGCAAUCAGCCCGUAACUCCUCACGAAUGCUCGAAGAAGCUUACGAGACAGGAGUGGGUAUCCUUCACAAGUACGCUGACCAGAGGGAUCGACUGAAGAGUGCUCAAAGGAAAGCUUUGGAUGUCCUGAACACUGUCGGUCUGUCAAACUCCGUUCUGAAACUUAUCGAGAGGCGGCACCGCGUGGACAGGUGGAUCGCGUAUGCUGGUAUGGUCAUCACCGUGGUGGUGAUGAUUGCGUUUUGGCGGUUAACGCAUUAGUGCUGGGCUGUGUUUGUUACAUAUUUCUAUCCCAGAUAUCAAUGUGCAAACAAGGGGGAUGGGGCAGAUUCAGAUGGUGCAGUUUUUUUUCGCUGGUCGUGGAGCAGUUCAAGUUUGCCUCGCCGGUCCGUCGCGUGCAUAGUUGAUGCCGGACCCCCAAAGUGGGUUAAAUGUUCAAAUUCCAUUGUAUGCAAUGCUGCUGUGUAGUCUAUUGUUACGACUUCCAUGUAACUACACAAGCUUUUGCGGGACACAGAAGAGAAAAGGCGCUGUAUUAUUUCUGCACGAAAUAUUGUACUCGUAAUAUCUAGCCUGCAGUUGAAUAGCACAAAAUAACGGAAACCUGUGAGACCUGAAUUUUCAGAUUUAACUGAGGAAAAGAUAUGUGUCU